AUGAAGCAAAACGCCAUUCGCACAAUCUUCUUCCUUGUCUGCUGCCUUCUCGUUGUGUUGUCACCUUCGCUCGCUGCUACGGUCAAACGCGCUAACGGGGAUAUUGGAUAUGCCGAAUUUAGGGCGUCUGGUGCUCGUCCUGUAUCUGGAACCGUCACAUUUUACCAAUUGAACCGAGACAUUAUCAUUUACGGACAAUUUAACACUGGAGUUCAAAGUUUCCCCCCCUGCAAACUGAUAGUUCAAACCGCGUCUCCAAUCGACUUGACGCACUUCCUCCCCGCCGGGACCAAAAACGAACCCUUUAGAUUCACUCUUAGGAGAAAGGUUCUUCAAUCUUUCAAGAACAAAAGGCUUAAUGUCGUAUGCGGUACAAAAACGGUUGGCAGUGUACGCAUCUCAGUCAUCCCAUAG